AUGGUGCCAAGGGUAAUUAACACAACAAUUAAACUUAAUGAGACCGAAAGUCAAAUCAGGGAUUUGUUGAUGGAAUUUUGUGAUUACCAUAAUCAAAAGAAUGAGUCAAGUCAAUUAGUGUUAAGGAUCACUGGUGGUUGGGUAAGGGAUAAAUUACUUGGGGAUGAGAGUAAUGACUUGGAUAUUGCCAUAAACACUUUAUCAGGGGAGGAUUUUGUCACAAAAUUAACUGAUUACCUUAAUGAAAACCAUCCAAAUUUAUCUUUAAAAGCAAUUCAUACCAUUAAGAAGAAUCCUGCUAAAUCGAAACAUCUUGAAACUUGUACAGCCAAGAUAUAUGGAUUAGACAUAGAUUUUGUUAAUUUGAGAAGUGAAAAAUAUACCGUUGACAGUAGAAUACCAAUAAUCGAGUAUGGUACUGCUGAAGAAGAUGCUUUGAGAAGAGAUGCAACUUUAAAUGCAUUAUUUUAUAAUUUGAAUGAAAAAAAAAUUGAAGAUUUUACUGGCAAGGGGAUUAACGAUUUAAAAGAAGGUAUCUUAAGAACUCCUUUAACUCCUUUACAAACCUUUCUCGAUGAUCCAUUGAGAGUUCUUAGGUUAAUAAGAUUUGCCAGUCGUUAUAAUUUUACCAUAGAUAAUAAUACUUUGAAUGCCAUGAAAAAUUCCGAAAUCAAAUCAAGCCUUUUACAUAAGAUUAGUAGAGAAAGAAUUGGUGUUGAACUUGAAAAAAUUUUGAAAAGUAAUAACCCAGAAUAUGGUUUAAAACUUUUGAAUUAUGUUUCCAUAUCUGAAAGUGUAUUCAAUUUAGAUACUGUAAAGCAAGAGAUCAUGAAAUUGGACAAUUCCAUAAAUUUCCAAUAUGAAAACUUAUUAUCACCCAAAAUUAGUACAUCUACCACUAUAUUCCCUACUUUAAGAAAUAUUGUUAAAUCAUCUAAUUUACUGAUGAGUAAGAUAUUUUCCAAUGUAUCGCCCAAAGUGUUCUGGUUAUCGAUCAUAUUAUCACCAUUCCAAACUUUUCCUAUAGAAAAUGCUCAACCUAAAAUACUCAACGAUUAUUAUGUCCCCCGAUUCGUAGUGAGAGAAGGAUUAAGAUUCGGUAAAAAUGAUUACGAUCAAAUUUCCAAAGUUUUAAUGGAAUUGUCCAGAUCAAAGGAAAUUUUGCUUAAAGUUUUGAAUGAUGAUAUUAAAAGAUCACAGUUUGGCUUAUAUUUGAGGGAAUUUGGUGAUUUUGUUGAUGUCAAUUUGGCAGUAAAUUGUUUUGAUGACAUUUUAACUGAAUUGAACUUACAAUUUCCUGUGGAACAACCUACUCCUGAUGAAGAUCUAAUUACCAAUUCAAAUAUGAUCCAAACAGUCGAAUCAAAUAUUCAAAAAUAUAACACAAUUUGUGAUAAAAUUCAUCAAUUCGAUUUAAGUGAAGUUAAUAAAUUGAAACCUAUAAUUGAUGGUAAAACCAUUUCUAAAAGUUUAAAUAAAAAACCGGGUCCUUGGAUUGCUCAAAUCACUCAAGAGGUAUUAAUCUGGCAAUUAGAUAAUCCUCAUGGUACUCAAGAAGAAUGUCUUGAAUUCAUCAAAACCCUCAUAUAA